AUGAAGGGCGCGUUUCAGCAGUUUCGCGUUUCUAAGCCUCCUCCACGAAACGGCCGCUGUGCACAACAACCAUCACAUCUCACCACCGAUUCCGAGCAGCUACCUGUUUCCGUGUCAGAGUCUACGACAGUAGACGACUCCGAAGCGUCCUCCCGUCACCCCGCGCAAUCGGCCUGUGAGCGAUGUCGACGACUGAAGAAGAAAUGUACCCGUACGGCGGCUGAAGGCGCGUGUGGUCUUUGUAUCGCGGCCUGGGUACCCUGCUCAUUUCCCAAGUCCGUUCAAAGGGCUCACGAGCGCGAGAAGGCGCUUCAAGAACGUAUUUUAUGGCUCUCUCGCUUUGUUAACGAGGCUCGACUUCCCAAUGCAGUGCCUGUUGAACUGAUUGAGACUGGCCAUGAUCUCACCGUACCUCCGGCUGCUCAGCCACCUAUCGCCGCCGAGCAGCCAUCGAUUGACCGAAGUCAUCCUUGGUCUGGGCCUAAUCAUGAGCAGGGAUCUUCGGCUCGUUUUGGAACAACGGAGAGAAAUAUUCCAGACACACCCACCUCGCCAUCUCUUCUUGACAAGGCCACAGGAUCCCGCCUUGUAGAUGCGUACUUCCGGCACGUUCAUCGCGCCUAUCCAUUUCUUGAUCGCGAGCAAGUGAUACAGUCACUGGACUCAUGCUUCCGACCGGCAACCGACGACACGGCUUUCCUGCAGAUAGCAUGUAUUCCCACCCGCCUGGCCGUUGUGAUGGCCAUUGGACGCACAACACUGCAGCGAGUGAACGAAAUCGCCACUAGCUCUGUCCCUUUUUUCGAUAUACCGGAGAAGGAAAUCAUCCAUGAGUGUUUGUGUAAGAACGAUCUCACAUCUGUAGAGAUUCUGACCUUGCUCGCAUUGUAUUCCCUUUUUGAAGCCAAUAGUAUACCACCCGGGUCCAUUGUGGGGAUUCUUUCUCGCAAGGUCAUAUCCAUGGGCCUCAUACGAGACAGCGGCUCUUCAUAUGAGAUUUCACAAGUCGAAUUAGAACGUCGUCGCCGGCUUUUUUGGUCGGCUUAUGUUCUAGAUCGCAUGAUCAGCGUCUCGUAUGGUCUUCCACCUAGUAUCAACGAUGAAGACAUUGCCAUUCCGUUGCCAAGCAUCACUGUCGACGAAUAUGCGUCCCCGGAUCGAUAUUACUAUGCCAUGACGCUACAAGUCAACCGGCACGUGGUUGCUCUGCGACGUCUCGAAGGGAAAAUUAUGCAAAAUAUCCAUCUAUCAUCCUCACAGCGACUGGCUGCGAUCACCCCGUCCAUGUCAACAUCCUAUUAUGAAGACACGCGCCGGGAGAUAGAUGACUGGUAUACGCAAGGCUGUCUCAUGUCGAGUUCCGCAAUGAAUGAUAAUGAUCAUUUGCCUUUUCAUAACACUAUUACCUGGCACAACGUUCGCUAUCAAAAUCUUUACGUGUUGUUAUAUAGCCCAUCUAGGCUCAACGCAGACCGUUCCAUGGAGGAGAUCGAAGAAUUGCAAGCAGCUGCAGGAAAGUACGUGCACUCCAGUAUCGUCUUACAAGAGCAAAAUCACCUUCCGCUGAACUGGGUAACUUUAUGUCGAUUUUUGAUUAUGGGUGCCACCUUUUUCUACUGCUACGUAUGGCGGCUCAAUCAUAUCUCAUCUGCCGGGAGCGUACAUCGUCAUAGUAAACAUGACACUCAAGCAUCGCUUUUGUCGUCGACAUCCCCUAGAUCCACGACAGGAGGUAAAUCGAAAUUGUAUGAAAUCGCGACCCACAUGGCCCUGUGCGUAAGGAUCAUGGAGUCCUUUUCUGAAGACUGGAAAGUCGCAAAGCGGGCCGCAGAUAUCUUUGGACGAUUCGUCGAUUAUGUAGCCGCACAACAAUCCACGCCUUUUGUGUGCGUGACUACACACCCAGACCAAGGUCUUGAGUCUUUGAGUCGGCACUAUGACCCCGUUCUCGAUGCUGUGAUGGCACCCUCUGUUCUUGAUGCUCCUUUGAAUGAUGAGCAGUUGCCUUCGUUGCAGACAAUUCGUCAGCAAAUCCUUGAAUUGAUCAAGGACACGUUAGGAGAGACAACUAUAUAUGCCUAUGCCGUGAAAGAAUUGGAGUCGACAGCUGGGUUGAUGAAAACUGGCGUCGGCUCCAGAUUGUCUCCCUCCGAAAACUAUGGGAGGGCGUCCAUUGCAGCCAGCGAAUUCCCAGAGCCUGAUGUGUCGGCGGAUAGAUCAGGACGAGGGAUGAGUUUGUGGCUGGAUGUUAUGGACGACCUGGGUCUUGGCGUUCUUUGA